AUGCCGCGAGUCCUCACCCUCAAGAAAGUCGAGGGCACGCCCGGCGACGUCUACUACCCGCUCCAGAUCAAGCACGUCCCCAAGCCCGAGCCGGGCCCGCAUGAGGUGCUGGUGCGGCUCAAGGCGGCGGCCCUGAACCACCGCGACCUCUUCAUCCGCCGCCACCAGUACCCGGCCAUCUCCUUUGCCCACGCGCUGCUGGCCGACGGCUGCGGCGUCGUCGAGCAGGUCGGCGCCGCCUGCACCCGCCGGCGGCUGCUCCACACGCCCGUUGUCCUGACCCCGAUGCGCGGCUGGGCCUCGGACCCGGCCGGCCCGGAGCCCGGCGGCGCCGCCUUCACCGUCACCGGCGCCAGCAAGCUGACCGACGUGGGCACCGCGCAGGACUACGUUGCCGUGCACGAGGACGAGGUCGAGCCCGUCCCGCCGCACCUGUCCGCCGUCGAGGCCGCCGCCCUGCCGCUCGUCGGCCUGACCGCCUGGCGCGCCGUCGUCACCAAAGCCGGCUGCCGCGACGGCGGGCGCAACGUGCUCAUCACCGGCAUCGGCGGCGGCGUCGCCCUGCAGGCCCUCCAGUUCGCCGUCGCCCUGGGCUGCCGCGUCUACGUCACCUCGGGCGACGCCGCCAAGCUCGACCGCGCGCGCCAGCUCGGCGCCGUCGCCGGCGUCCUCUACUCCGACGACGCCUGGGACCGCCGGCUCCGGGCCAUGCUGCCCGCCGACCGGCCCUUUCUCGACGCCGUCGUCGACGGGGCCGGCGCCCACGUCGUCGCCAAGUCGGUCAAGCUGCUGCGGCCCGGCGGCGUCAUUGCGCAGUACGGCAUGACGGCCGCGCCGCGCAUGGACUGGCUCAUGCAGGCGGUGCUGGCCAACGUCGAGCUCAAGGGCACCACCAUGGGCUCCCGCAGCGAGUUUGCCGACAUGGUGGCCUUUGUCCGCGACCACAAGCUGAAACCCGUCGUCAGCAGGACAGUCAGGGGGCUCGGCGACCUCGACGCCAUCGACGGCUUGUUUGCCGACAUGGAGACGGGCAGGCAGUUUGGCAAGCUGGUGAUUGAGAUUGACGACGACGAAGCGUCGUCCAAGCUGUAA